ACGCAUUUUGUGUCUCCGAUUUCCAUCAUUGCCAAAUGUGUCGUCGCGACGGUUCGGUUGUUUUCUUUAUCGAAAAUCGCUCGGAAAACGGUGAAAUUGCAAUCGUUUUGCGGUAAUUUUCCACCGAAAAUGUGUGGAAAAGUCCAGUGUAUCCGCGGAGCAUAAAAUAAGUGCGAAACGUUCGAGGGAAAGCGUUCGAAAGUGGAAUUAACUGCAAGGUUUUUCUCGCCAUCGCCGCAAAAGGUGGACAUCGUCUCUUCAAGUUCGGGUUGUUUUGUCGUUCGUCGGUUGUGCUGUUGAAAGCUGAAGGGGAACGAACAGGGCCGGAGUUCGGGGUGUGUGUAUAAGUUGAUUGAGUGUGUUGGAGUGCGCUUACGCACGGAAGCAGAAAAACCUGGACACCGUGCAGCAUAGAACGAAUCCCAACAUCGCAUGAAAAGUGCCGGACGGACGGACGGGAGAAUACACACGUUCGCAGUAGGCAGUGGUAGUAGUAGGCCGUAUGUUUUCACUCCUCUGCCAGUCGUCAUUGGAGAAGAACGCCUCCGAAGAGAACGGUCGACGACUUGCCGUGGUCAGUGAGUGGUUUUCUAGUGUUGAAAAUUGAGCAGAAAAAAAAUUGGCGAACGGCGGCGGAUUGCAAAAAAAACGAAUUCAAGGAAGAUCAAGGUGAAACAGCUAAAUCAAGCGGAUACAAAAUGGAGAUAACCGACGAUCGUGUUUAUGCCGCGGAGCGGAUUAUGAAGAAACGUGUUCGAGCGGGUAAAGUUGAAUAUCUGGUCAAAUGGAAGGGUUGGAGCACACGGCACAACACCUGGGAACCAGAGGAAAACAUUCUUGACGAGCGGCUUAUUGACAUUUUCGAGCGAUCCCUGCGAGGAAGCUCGACUCCCAAACGCAAGAAGAAACCAGUCAUCGAAGACUCCGAUGAGGACGAAGUUCCCGUUCCUGCUGCCCCUGUACCAACUACGUCUACAACGCCGGUCGUUGUCACUCCGGAACCUGUACCGGAACCGGAAAAACCUAUCAAAGAAACGAUCAAGAAAGAGAAAGAGGAAAAGCACACCAAGAAGGAGAAGGAUGUCGUGGACAGUCCCAAAUUGUCGCCGACUGUCUCCAAGUCGAGUACAAGCAGUGUACAUCUAAGCACUCCAAAAGAGAAGCCUACAGUUAGCAAUGAACCUACGGGAACUUCUUCCGGAGGAAAGUAUCCUUCACCAGGAUUAAAGAUAUCAAUCUCCGGCCAAAACAAUGAUAAUGAUACGGCUUCCAACAGCAGCGACGAUCAGCCAUUGAGCCACAAAGACUUGGCUGGUACCAAGCGAAAGGCCGAAGUGUUAUCCAAAGAAGGAAAAGUUGGCGUCACAAUCAAAACCUCUCCGGACGAAAGUCCUGCAGCCAAAAACCAGCGGCUAGAAGCGCCCUCAAUGGUCACUCCGUUAUCCUCCGGACCGAAAACUGACAUCAAACCCGCAGCCCCACUCUCACCUGAUACGCCUGCAUCACGACCAGAGUCUAACAUUCCACUGGUGGACAAAUCAGCCGCUGCGGGAGUGGCAAACAAUGUUCCUCCUGAAGAGAAAGCCCCCAAGAAACCCAUCUCAAACGACUUUCCACCCGUAAGCAACAACAACACGAUAAAUCAGCACCAGCAUCUUACGCUAUCUCCCCGCGCAGCACCUCCGCAGUUGUGGCUUCCACGAUCACAGCCCACUAAUCAGGUGUUCAUCACCGAUGUCACGGUCAACCUCGAAACGGUCACUAUUCGGGAGUGCAAAACUGAGCGGGGAUUCUUCAAAGCGCGAGACCUGAAAAGUGACAUUGUCAACUGAAUCCGGCACGCGAGCGGCGCUUCUCGCGGAUUUGCUUCGCAAUCUUGCAGCGGAGGGACCUGAAUUUGAACUAAAUUGUAAAUAGCUUUUACGGCGCAUCGCCACCCACUUUGCUGGGUACUGAGAGGUCACUUGAACUGGCAAGCCAGUGACAGGACCUUGAACUACAGAAAACAAAAUCAAAGCGCUUACGAGAUAAUGGAUCUAGUGAUAGUGAUACAAAUCAAUAACAUCAAAAAACUAUAAUCGGUAUGAUAACUUGUAGUUACUGGUAACAAACAAGCAAACAAAAAAAUGCUAAUGAUAUUGAAUAUAUAAAUGUUUAGUUUGUAGUUGACUUAGGGAUAGCAAUCCUUGGCUCUGCGAUAGGAAUAGUGACAAGGAACCAAGUGAGACAAGAUAGAUUCCAGAACUGACAAUUAUCUUCAUAUAGGCACUGGUUGAGCUAUUCGAAGGAAAUUGUGGAAGCAUAUUUUAAUUUUAAACUGUCGCGUUAGAGGUUAGUCUUGUUUCGAAAGCCAGAAACGUUUUAUUUAUUCUGCAGCAUCAGAUGUCUCUUAUAGGUUUUUAAGUUGUUUUGGUCGCUAGAUAUCGGAUUCCGAUAUACGAGUUUUUAGCCAUAAGUUAGGUUUUACGAUAUUGUACUUUCUUUUCUGACAGAAAUACACGCCCCAUUUGCACACCUGUACGCAGUUACGAAAUUCCAGUUUGAGUGUGUAACGCAAAGCACCUGAAUUGCCUUUACAAGGCACCUAUCGAGAAAGAGAGAUGAAACUUGUGUGGUGAGGCAGAUUCAGAAGACGUCUCCUCGAUUGUACACUUGUAUACUUCUCGUUAAUUAUUGACUAAAUUAUUCUUCUGACCAAAAAUGAAUUUCUAGUUUCUUAUAGUUUUAUUUAUUACCCGAACACGAAAUACUUUUAAUUUUAGGAAGUUCUUCAAAAGAAUCUACUUUUGGAUCACGAGGGUGUGAAGUACACACCCAUGAUUUGGAUAACAUUCUCGAAAAAAUGAAGAGGAAAUGAAUACAGAAAGCAAACAAAAUCAAUACACAGUAUACAGGCACAAUUAAUGAAAUACAUCUACCUAAAGCAACCCUUAGGGACAAAAAUCAAUACAAUACACAAACACCCCAGAGACAUGAAACAGAAGCAAGAAAUCAGUAUGCAUUCAUUCUACUUAUUCUAAUAGUAAUUGUAUGUAUUUUCUCCUAGUUUAUAGAGGCAUUGUUACAUCAGUAUAAACAGCAAACCAACAAUAAAGCAGGAACAUAAGUAUUUCAAA